GUGGCAUGAUACGCAACGCGGAUAAUACGGGAUACGGAGAAAUGUUCGUCUGAAGGGCUGUUCAGCUGGACACUAUCAGGAAUUAUCGUUUUAAAGGUCGCUUAUUAUAGAUAUCUUGAUCAUUGAAGAAUUGAACAAGUUAGAAAUUCUUCAGAAAUUCUAGAUAGAAACAUGGGUAAUUUUGGAGGCCAUGCUCUUCCAGGAUCAUUCUUCAUCCUAUUUGCAUUAUGGUGGACUGUUCAAAUGUUUCACCGAUACUACAAUUGUCGUCAGAGGAAUACACGCUUCGUUUCCACGCCAACAUAUCCUUGUACCUGUCUGUGUGGUAAAUUGGCCGAAUGGCCUUUAGAACCAGUGGUGAAAAUAUUCUUUGUUACCAUCGGUUUCUGUUUAGAAAUCUACACUGGUUUUAGUGACGGAAAAUUCACAGCUCUUGGAAAUGGACAGCAUGCCACAAUGUUCUUCUUUUUUGGACUAACUGGUGUCAUCGAUUUGUUACUGUACUUCCGAGCUCCAGUGCCCAAAGACCUUGAUUACGCAAGUAUGUGGUUGGCCUUGUUAGUGGAGGGCCUCCUCUUCAAGUUCCACCUACACGGUCGCAAUGAACUAGACGUAUUGCUUCACACACUCCUCAUUUACACUAUUGGUGCCAACCUGCUGGCAUUGUUGGCAGAAACUAAAUGGAGGAACAAUAUUCUCAUCUCACUGACCCGUUCCUAUUUCAUUUUCUUGCAAGGAACAUGGUUUUGGCAGGUAGCUUUUAUCUUGUACAAUCCAUCUCCUGCAGCAGAACAGUGGAAUCCUGAGGACCACGAUUCAUUGAUGAUUGCAACAAUGUUCUUCACCUGGCACUGCGGGGCGGUUUUCUUAACGAUGUUAGCAAUCGGAGGCUUUGUGGCAUGCUAUCAUAAAAGAUUUAAAGAUUUCAAUGAAAAUGAAAUGGCCAUGAAACGAUUAAUACACACGGGUGCUAAUGGCCAAACAAUGAUCAGCAUGAACGAUGAUAGUGACAGUGAGGUUGAGUUCCAAAAGCCUUCCAUGGGUCAGUAGGAUUAACGAGUUACACUACACUUUGUUGAUUUGAACACCUGCAGCUCUUGUUUGCAGUAGUUGUGUUCAGUUAAAUCAGUAGCCAUCCAGUUUAUUUAAAAUGUCGAGGUAAGGAUUUGUUUAUGUGUAAAAUAUUGUCGCCUUGUUAUGUCCUUAACGAAACUGAUUGAGGCCUUAUCAUACAUCAAUAUACUUGAGUAAACUGACCUUCUGUUGGUACUUAUUAAUGAACUUUAUUGGUGCAUACAUUUGGAAAACGUAUCUUAAGUAUACCCAGUUCGACUGUCGGAUACAGGUUUUCAAAUCCCAGUUUCAUCGACGUUUCUUAACCUUAAGGGGUCUCCUUAACAUGAAAUUUUCCACAGGGAAGCGUAACAGAAAUUAAGGGAAUUCCCUUUAAAACUGAAGAUUUCCCCUUUGAUCCAAUAUUGAUGCCAAUUAUCUAUAGGAUUCCCCUUAAGUCUCCACGUAAAAGUCCCACUUUUAUUCAGCAUUCCAAUAAAUGCAGACAAGACCGAGAACCAGUUCCCGUGCUGGCGCCUGUACCUUUGAUAGUAGUUUGUUCUUUCGUUUCUACGCAUUUUAAGUAUCCAAUGCAGAACAAUUGCACUUUCAUAGGAUUUUUUAGCCAAUCAAACAUUACUCACAGUGGCCAUCUGGACAUACAUUAUGCAAAUGAUGCCAUAUCAUGAACAUCGGAAUUAUUUUAUGAGCUUCCAAUAAAGUUCUUGGAUGCUUCUAUAAAUGUAAGGUACUGUUUUUAUGCCCUCACAGUCGGCAUUUAAUGAGAGGCAUAUAGUUUUGUUACCAAUGUCCGUCCCAUCCUGUAUUAUUUGUUUUAUCCUGGAUCAUUGUAAUAACUCCAGCAAAUUACAUAUAAAGGUCACUAGCUAUAAAAUACAUGUACCAGUACGUAACCUUGGCAACGUCAAAGUCACUGUUAAUGUUACUAUUUAUAGACAUUCAUCAAUAUCACUCUAGAAUUUUCAUUUUAUGACAAAUUUUUAUCUUACAACAUAAGUCAUGUUCCCAAAGGUUCCAAGGCCAAAAAUCUAUACUCUACCAAUUCUUCAGUACUAAAUACAUAGAUCAUGUUUGAAAUAUACUUUUGGUAUUAUUUUCCUGUACAAAUAUUGUCAAGGUUUCUGUUCUUCUCCAAGUGAAAAAAAUUGUCCCAUCUUAUCCCUGUUUUGGUGAUUGUUUUAAGCUAAGAAUUAUAUUUAAAAUUAGAGAGAUCAAUUGUUGUGGCAAAUAUGUAUUAAGUUCUGACUUAUAGAAAUCUUGUUACCAUAUUUUUCCUCAAAAAGCCCCCCCCCCCCCCCCCCAAAAAAAAGUUUAAAAGUUCAUUACUGUACCAGGUAUUUAUCAUAAAAAAUUCCCCUCUGUUGUUAAAGUUUAGUACAGUGUACUGUAUGUAUGGUAUUCUCAAAAAAUCCCCCUUCCUGAGUGUAAAAAUUUAGUACCGUAUUUAUCCUCAUAUCAUUAUAAGCCGCCUCCCCUAUUGUAAAAGCUACGGAUGAAAGUUUGGAAAAAAAUAAAGGGAUCUUAUUUAUGGCCAUAGUCUUUUAUGUAAAUAAAUAGGGUAUUUCUGAAUGGAAUGUAAAAGAUCUGAAUCUGUUUCACUGCUGUUAUCGCAUACCUUAGAGAUACAGUUAGCUGAUUUCAUGAAACUGUUAAAUUUAUUCACCUUAUUAUUGUUUUAGUUUUUAUAUACACUUUCUGCCAAAGGUUCAUGGAAUCUGCCUCUGCUAGGGAUCGAACCCUGGGACCUCUGGCUUCUAGUCUUAUUCGCUCAACCGAUCGAGCUAAAGAGAAGAUCUCUCUAGCCGAGCGGUAUAUUGCGGCUAGUAUUUACCAGGGUUACAUGCACACUGUCAUGUUAAUUCACAUUCAGCCAAUUCAUUUGAACAUUUAUCAACACAGAAAGUGUAGUUGUAUAUGAUCUAUAUAAAGUCCAGUGUAUUUUUUAAAUAGAAUGUUAAAUUCAGAAGAAAAAAAAUAUUUAAGAUGAGGCCACACUAGUAAUCAAAUUUUAUCUAUAAUAAUGAAAUUGUGCAAAUAAAAAAGUAACCCAUAUUUAGGGAAAUUCCAGAUUUUUUUUUUAUCAAAGGAUUUUUUUCUUUCCUUUUUUUUUUUUUUUAUUAUAAAAUAUACUUUUGUAUAUUUAUUUGACUCUAAAAGUAAGGGAAUUUCCAUAUUAAUUAUGCUUACUUUUCUGGAAGGACUGGUCUGAUUUGAUAAAUUACUUGUAAGUUUUUCAAGUUUCUCAGUUUAAAUAUCUUAAUUCUGUUCAUAUUAACUUUGUUCCUAUUUUAUUGAUUUGAGCAAUUAAGAACUUCAGUUUCAUCCAAUGGUAUUUAGAGUUUCUUUAUUUUGUGUGUGUGGCCUUAAAUGUACAGCUGAUGUUAGAGAAAAAUGUCAUUUAAUUAAACUGUUAUGUAGUCUCAGCAUUGAGACAUUCUAAUGAUAUAUAGAUCAAGGUCAGCAUUGUUUGUAGUCUAUGUAUCGUAGAUGAUGAGUUUCUACAAAUGUCCAUGUAUAAGCUCAGGUACAUAACAUGAUUUAGCUAGGUUGUUAGUAGUUACAUAAAUACUUGCUGUGAACAUGUACAUAAUUGUGUAGAUGCAGAAUGCCCGAAAAUGAAAACAGAAAUUUUGAAUUUAAACAUAAAAUGGAAGGGACAAAAAUACAAUUAGUUUUAAGACAAAAUUUGUUUGACUGCAUGAUUCCAAAAAAAUCUAAUAUUAAGGGAAAUGUAAAAACAAAAAGACAUCAAUUUUUUUUAUAUGCAUUCCACGUAA